AUGAUGCCCGGAGGCUUGUCAAGGUCUAGAAAAGCCACACCAGAAAUCCAGGCGAUUGCUGACAAGGUUAGACCACAGCUCGAAGAGCAAACCAAUAAGAAAUAUGAAAAAUUCGAAGCCAUUGAGUAUAAAUCUCAAGUUGUUGCUGGACAAAACUACUUCAUUAAGAUGGAUAUAGGGUGUGGUGGUUUCCUUCACAUAAAAGCCUUCAGAGGGAUUUCUAAAGAAGAUGAUUGGCAACUUGAUGGUUACCAGGCUAAUAAAAACAAGAAUGAUGAGCUGACCUACUUCUAAGCAGCAAAUUUUAAAGUCACCUGAGACCCCUCUCAUUGUAAAGAGAUGCAGCCAUCAAUAAAGAAACA